AUUCACACAAUCGGGGUUUGAUUGGGCGGGAUGUCAGCAUUCUUUCGUCUUAGCCGCUUUAGUCGUCAGCGACCGUCAAAAAGGAACCGAAGAUAUGCUAUGAAUGGGCUCCGGCUCCAGGUAAAUCCACUCAACAGGUCAGGGUAAUGUCCACGUGUGGGGAACGGCACUGAACUACCUGGAUCGUACGCCAAGGAACAAUAAACUCUGCCUUGCUCAACGCUGUAUUAAGUCGUCGUUCGUCUCAGCGACUUCAUACCGUACGUAUCUCGCCUUUCUACCCAGCUACAUCUUCUGACGCCAUCAACUGUAUAUCUUGUUGAAUAAACCGCAGAGUAAUUAAUCUUCGUCUGUAGCCAGCCCAGGUGGAUUCGCGCCACUAUGGCUGCCUCCAACAGCUCACCCAUUCUACGAGGGUCGAGCGAAAUAGACGGCAAGUUUGUCCAAGAGGUCUCUCACGCAGAAACAGCCAUCAAGCCGGACAGAGGCAUGGAGGCACCACCACUGGUGCGAGAUCUUACCCCAGAAGGCCGCAUUGCUCUGGAAAAGAAGCUGAAGCGCAAAAUUGAUCUUCGUCUCAUGCCAAUGGCUAUUCUCAUGUACAUCAUGAACUAUCUCGACCGCAAUAACAUCGCCGCAGUACGACUUGCAGGCCUGCAGACCGAGCUAAGACUUACCAGUGUUCAAUACCAAACAACUGUCAGCAUAUUGUUUGUGGGUUACAUCCUCAUGCAGAUUCCGUCAAAUCUUCUUCUCAAUAAGAUUGGUCUUCCCGCCGUCUAUCUCCCAUCUUGCAUGGUUGUCUGGGGCAUCGUAUCGGGCGCUACAGCCGGAUGCCAUAACUAUGGCGGCCUUCUUGCCAUUCGUUUCUUCUUGGGUUUCGUCGAGGCCGCGUACUUUCCUGGUUGUCUCUUUUACCUCAGUUCCUGGUACACGCGCAAGGAACUCGGCUUCCGCACUGCAAUCUUGUAUUCUGGAUCCUUGCUAUCGGGGGCCUUUGGCGGUCUCAUCACUGCCGGCAUCACCGGUAACAUGGACGGCACCGCUGGUCUCCGGGCCUGGCGCUGGGUGUUUAUCAUCGAAGGUGCCAUCACCGUCGUCAUUGCCUCGGCCGCUUUCUUCAUCCUACCCAAUUUCCCGCGAACAACCAAGUGGCUCACCGAAGAAGAGCGCCAACUCGCCGUCUGGCGCCUACAGGAAGACAUUGGGGAGGAUGACUGGGUGUCUAGCUCCGAUCAAAGCUUCUUCCACGGACUCAAGCUCGCUGUCCUCGACAUCAAGGUCUGGAUCCUGAUGGUCAUGCUCCUUGGCACCGUGUCCUCAGCUUCUGUGACGAAUUUCUUCCCAACCGUUGUCGCGACUCUCGGCUACGGUCGUGUGGAAACGCUUCUUCUUACAUCGCCUCCUUAUGUUCUGGCGGUCAUCUGUACAUUUGUCAACGCGUGGCAUGCCGACCGGACCGGCGAGCGAUUCUACCACGUUAUUCUACCCGCGUUUGUUGGCAUCGCAGCGUUCAUCAUUGCAGCGGCGACUACCAAUACCGCUGCUCGAUAUCUAAGCAUGAUGCUCAUGUUACCUGGUGUAUACACAGGAUACGUAGUCCAACUGGCAUGGAUAUCGAACUGUAUCCCACGACCGCCAGACAAACGUGCUGCAUCACUAGCAUUGGUCAACGCAGUUUCGAACGCCAGUAGUAUCUAUGCGAGUUAUAUGUAUCCACAGCCAAUGAGUGGCGAGCCAAUUGACCUUGUAGUUCCAAUGAGCGUGGACUGCGCGACGCUAUUUUUAGCCGUUUGUAUGGCAGUGCUACUGAGAUUUAUCCUUGUUCGGUUGAAUAAGAGAUUGGAUCGCGGGGAACAUGUCGAGGGUGCUAUCAAUUCUGGUGCAGCUAUCCCGGGUGAGGCAGCGAGCAAAGGAUUCAGAUUCUUGCUGUGAUCAUGUAGAUCGAGGUACCGAUUCAAUUGCACCCGAUUGUGAUAGGUAUAACCAUUGUAUAUACUUUUGAAAGAGCUGGAAAACUGGACAUGGUUAGAUAAUUGAUCUCAAUAGCACAUCGUUCUGUUCCUU